AGGGCAAAAAGUAACUACUUUACAGAUAAGCUCUCUCUGUCUAUCCAAGUGUGAUUGAUUCGAUGCAAAAUUGAUGGAGUCCCCAGCAUCGGCAGCGAAAAGUGUCUCAAGAGGAUCAUCAUCCAGACUCUUCGCCUUGGCGCAGCAGCUUCGUGUAUACAAGGCGGAAGAGAGCACCGGGAAACUGAUCUCUCCGACGGCGAAGAAAGCAGCUGUGUUGAUCUGUCUCUUCGAAGGAGACGACGGUGAUUUUCGUGUCAUCCUCACUAAGAGGUCCUCCGGAUUGUCUACUCACUCUGGAGAAGUUUCUUUGCCAGGUGGUAAAGCAGAAGAAGAUGAUAAGGAUGAUGAUGGUGUUACUGCCACCAGAGAGGCAGAUGAAGAGAUUGGACUAAACCCUUCGCUUGUUGAUCUUGUUGCUUUCCUCGAACCUUUUCUCUCUCAGCAUCUGCUGAGAGUAACUCCUGUAGUAGGAAUAUUAUGGGACAGAAAAGCAUUCAAUCCAAUGCCAAAUCCUGCUGAGGUGGAAACCGUGUUCGAUGCACCUCUUGAAAUGUUUCUCAAGGAUGAGAACCGGAGAUCUGAGGAGAUCGAGUGGAUUGGGAAAAGGCAUUUGCUUCACUUCUUUGAUUACAGUACAGGAGAUAAGGAUUAUGUUAUAUGGGGGUUAACCGCCAUAAUCUUGAUAAGAGUUGCAUCUCUGGUAUAUCAACGACCACCCGCUUUCAUUGAACGGAUACCUAACUUUAAGCACCCCAGAAUGUGAAAAUGCAGACAAGGCUACUAGUUUAUAUGCCUAGCUGAUGGUGCUGAGUUCUUUGCUUGGGACGUCUUGUGGAAAAUUUGCAUGAAUCUUAUGGCGAGGAAGGUCGUUGUAGAUGUCUCUGUUUGCUCAUGUCCCAGCACACUAUCAAGUUAGAAAAUUAUGAAGACGGGAGAUUUGUGUAGAUCUAAAUCACUUUGACCUGAAGGCCAAGCUCUUUCUUGGAGAAUGUGGGAGCAUACGUGAGUGCCUGAUAUUAUAUGAUUAGAUAUCUCAUUCAUAUAUAUCCUGAAUGCAAAGCUCUUUCUUGGGAGUCCUUCAGCAUGUUCUGUGCCAAUCAACAAAUCUGAACUAUAUCAUAAAGAAGACAGAAUUAAAAAAAAAAAUCUGAAUCGGAUAUUGGAGAUCAACAAAUCUGAAUCAUAUACUAAUUCAACUGAUGCAAGAGCAAAGUGCAGCUUAUUCUUAGAAGUGUUUCAGCAUGUUCUAUGCCAAUCAACAAAUCUCAAUUGUACUAAUUCAACUGAUGCAAAAGCAAAGUGUGCAGACUAUUCCCCCAGGAAUAUUUCGUCCUUUGUGAACCUGACAACAUCUGGUUAUCAUUCUUGAUGAAUCAACCCGCCACAUUACUUGUGUUCACGGAACUUUAUCAACCUGGGCGUUAUACUCUCGGUUUCUUGCAGCUCAUUCUUGGAUAAAAUUGGCAGCAUUUGCCUUGUAGUAGUAAAGAAGUAUAUCUGGUUGGAAUGCUUCAAGAAGAGGCCACAUGUUUGCAAAUCUGAAUAAUCUGACAUGAAAGUGAAGCUCGUUCUUGGAGGAUUAGGCAGCUUACUCUGAGUGGUGUCUGAUGUGAUUUGUCAAGAAGAGUUUCCUUUAUUGCAAAUUGUCAAUCAUCCUACACCAAAGUGAAGCCUAAAUCAGUGAACAUGAGAUUGUCAUCUUGAUCUUGCUUAUCAAGGAGUCCUGAUAUGCUCUCCACAUUCUGAGUUACUGAGAUGGAGUGAUGUUGAUAAAACAAGAAAACUGGAGCAUUCCAAGACUCGGGACCUCUCGCACCCUAAGCUAGAAUCAUACCACUACACCAAAUAAACGCUGACAUAUUUGGGUUCAGAUGCUGAAUCUGAGUAGCUCUUUGUCCAGUUACUUGACAAAAGAUCUUUGCUGAAUUAAGGAAGCUGCAUCAAAAACCUUUGUCCAAAUAGUUGACUUUUAGAUCUUUCUCCAUUUAGUUGACAAAGAUCUUUGCUGGCGUAAGGAACCUGCCUCGUAUAUCUCUGUCCACUUAAUUGCAUUUCAGCAUUUAUGGUAUUCAGAAGGAGAAAAAAAAGCAUUGUAGGGUGACAAAUCCGACUUGUGU